AUGGCCGAACUACGUUUUGAUGGACGCGUUGCUAUUGUUACUGGUGCCGGUGCCGGUUUGGGUCGUGAAUAUGCCAUGCUUUUGGCUUCUCGUGGUGCCAAAGUUGUAGUCAACGAUUUGGGUGGCGCUCACAAUGGUGAGGGUGCUUCCACUCGUGCCGCCGAUGUUGUGGUCAAUGAAAUCAAAGCCAAGGGUGGUGAAGCUGUGGCCGACUAUAACUCUGUUGUGGAUGGUGACAAAGUUGUCGAGACUGCCAUCAAGGCCUACGGUCGUGUUGACAUCAUCAUCAACAAUGCUGGUAUUUUGCGUGAUCGCAGUUUUGCCAAAAUCUCUGAACAGGAUUGGAAUUUGGUAAAUGAUGUCCACUUGAAGGGUAGUUUCAAGGUUACCCAAGCUGCCUGGCCCUACAUGAAGAAAAACAACUAUGGUCGCAUUGUUAUGACCUCCUCCAACUCUGGCAUGUACGGUAACUUUGGCCAGGCCAAUUACUCGGCUGCCAAAAUGGGUUUGGUUGGUUUGGCCAAUACCGUCGCCAUUGAAGGUGCCAAGAACAACAUUCACUGCAAUGUGAUUAUUCCCACUGCUGCCAGUCGUAUGACUGAGGGUAUUUUGCCCGAUAUGCUGUUCAAUGAAUUGAAACCCAAUUUGAUUGCUCCCGUUGUUGUCUAUAUGUGUCAUGAAUCGUGUGAAGAUAAUGGUGCCUACAUUGAAAGUGCUGCCGGUUGGGCCACCAAAGUUCACACUGUCCGCGGCAAGGGUACCGUACUCCGCACAUCCAUUGAACAAACCACCAUUAGCCUUGAAGCCGUACAAAAAGCCUGGGGCAAGGUGACUGAUAUGAGCCAAGCCAAACACUGCAAUACCAUUGGUGAAGCUUCUGGUAAUCUGUUGGAAGUUUUGGAAAAACUCAAAGAAGGUGGUGUAAGCGACUUCGAAGAUACCUUCCAAUUCGGUUCGAAGGAUUUAAUUGUCUAUGCUUUGGGUGUGGGUGCCACCACCAAGAACAGCAACGACAUGAGAUUCUUGUACGAAAAUGAUCCCGAUUUCAGUGCCCUUCCCACAUUCUUUGUUCUGCCCGGUCUUUUGUUGAGCAUGACCAGCAGUUUGGUAUCUACUGCCUUGCCUGAAGGUAAAGCCGAUCUUACCAACAUUUUGCACGGUGAACAAUAUUUGGAAAUCUGUGAUGACAUCCCAACCAAUGGCAAAUUGACCACAACCGGCAAAGUUUUCGAUGUUAUGGACAAGGGUUCCGGUGCUGUGGUUGUAACCAACUGUGAUAGCUACGAUGAAAAUGGUCGCCUUUUGGUUAAGAACCAAAGUUCCAUUUUUGUUGUUGGAGCUGGUAAAUUUGGUGGCAAAAAGAAUCCCAUCCAAGGUGUUGUACCAAUUGUUGCCAACCCCAAUCGUGCUCCUGAUGCCUCCCUCCAAUAUAAGACCAACGAAGACCAGGCUGCUCUCUACCGUAUGUCUGGUGAUUUGAACCCCUUGCACAUUGAUCCCAACUUUGCUGUGGUCUCCGGUUUCAAGGUUCCCAUUUUGCAUGGUCUCUGCACUUUGGGUUUCUCUGUACGCGCUGUCUUGGCCAAGUAUGCCGACAACAAUUCUGCACUGUUCAAGGCUGUUAAGGCCCGUUUUGCUGGCCCUGUUGUACCUGGUCAAACAUUGAAGGUUGAUAUGUGGAAGGAAGGCAAACGUAUUCAUUUCCGUACCAUUGUUGUUGAGACUGGCAAGGAUGCCAUUACCGGUGCCUAUGUUGAUCUUAAAGAUACAUCCGCCAAAUUGUAAGCGGAAAGCGAAACGAAAUUUCGAAG